AUGGUUGUAUCUAUGGACAACAACACUCAGGAGAGUAUCAAAAGAUUAGCCAAAGAAACUGUGGACAAUUUCAACAAUCAGUAUUGUUGUAGUGCCUCUAAAGAUGAAGUAGAUACUGUUACCCCUGUACAGACUCCAAUACAGAGUAUAAAACCAAAGUUUCCAAAAGUUGAAUAUGUGGAAAAUUUAAAUCAAGAGAAAGCUUCAGAUUUGUCUACAAAACCAGGUGAAGAAGGAGAAAAUUCUGAGGAUUUUGACAUUGAAAUAAAUGCUGUCACAUCCGACUCUGAUGACAAAGUCGAAGAGGCUAAUACUUAUCCCCUUAAAAGACCAGGACUCUGUCUCUAUAUUGGUGUAUUUGAAUAUGAAACUAAGGAAGCUGGGGUAUCAUUAGAGAAAAGGCGUUUUUCAGUGAACGAAUUUAAAAUGAUGAGAAACUGUUUUGAAGAGCUAGGAUGUUUCGUAAAAAGGAAACUAAAUCCAACUGCUCAAGAAGCAGAACAAUUUUUACAAGAAGGAGUUAAAUGGUGUAAGAAGCUGAAGCCAAGCUACGUUGUACUGAUUAUCAGUACACAUGGACAGGAAGUACCCAUGGUUAUUCAAGAGGAUAACAAAGAGCCCCCUGAGCAGCACCCAUCUAGGAUCACAGGUCAAAAGAAACCUAAGACCGAAAUGGUACAUCAGUUGUUCUUCCAUGAUGGAAAGUCUCUUUUAACAAGAGACAUUAUCAGAAUGUUCGACCAGCACAAAUGUUCGGCUCUUAAAGGCAAACCCUGCUUUUUCUUCAUUCAGUCAUGCAGAAGCCGAUUUGGUUUAGAUGGACAUAAGAACUUUGAUCCCGGAGUGAUGGUCAAUGUGUUGACAGUAGAAAGAGAUAUAAGGGCUGGUAUAGAGAGCCCUGAUACUGUAGACGCCUCAAGAGGUACCUCACAUGAGGAUACAUCAGACGCCAAGAAAAGUACAACAAAGCUGACAAAGGAAGAUAAAGAGGCCAGAUUAAAGCAAAUCCAGGAGUGGAUUGAAGGGGAAAAUCUUCUCACAAAAAUUUUAGAUUACAAAACAUAUCUUGUGAAGAAUCCAACCAUCUCAACACAGGAAGCACCGAGAAGAGACGACAAGAUAGCCACCAAUUUAUCUGAGACUUUACUUGCUGAAGGCCUAAAAUUUGAUCAAGUGAAAGAACUUGGGGAAAAAUGUAAAGGAUUUGAACAAGAGAUUAUGGAUUUCUUUUUCCCAGAGCCUAUAAUAAGUGAUCCGCCCCCUUGUGUCAAUAAUGCUUUAGUCAUGUUUGCCUCUGCUCCAGGGAAGGAAGCUUAUAACAGAGCAAGUCAAGGAGGGUGGCUGAUCACAAAUCUAGAGACUCAGCUGAAAGAAACUUUGAGUACGGAUCCAGAAAAAAUUGAUUUACUGGCGGAGCUAACCAAGGUCUCUUGGAGAAUAGCUUAUAAAUACGAAACAGAUACAAACACAAUUGAAAGCAGUGGUCACAAGUCAGUACCCUGUCUGUAUCACAAGCUCAGCAGGGAUGUCAUUAUAUGGCCAGAGGAGAUAAAAAAUGCCAAAAAAUUUUGCAAGGAAGAUGAAAAAUUAAAGGACUUUUUAAAAUGGAUUGAGAACACUUAA